UCUCUCUCUCUCUCUCUCUCUCAAACUCUAUAUUCUCUCUCUCUCUCACACACAUUGAAACACACCAAAAAACACACAUAGAUCAAAGAGAAAAGGAUCAGAUGAACAGCAACAACUGUUUGGAAAUGGGUGGUAGUGAAGACGAUGAUCAAAUGAGCAUGAUGGAAGAUCUUAGAAGAGGUCCAUGGACGGUGGAAGAAGAUUUCACUCUCAUCAAUUACAUCGCCCAUCACGGCGAAGGCCGCUGGAAUUCUCUUGCUCGUUGUGCUGGACUCAAAAGAACCGGAAAGAGUUGUCGGUUAAGAUGGCUGAAUUAUUUACGACCCGAUGUUCGUCGUGGAAACAUCACGCUCGAAGAACAGCUCUUGAUUCUUGAACUUCACUCUCGAUGGGGCAAUCGAUGGUCAAAAAUAGCACAGCACUUGCCGGGGAGAACGGACAAUGAAAUUAAGAAUUAUUGGAGAACGAGAGUUCAAAAGCAUGCAAAACAAUUGAAAUGUGAUGUUAACAGCAAGCAAUUUAAGGACACGAUGCGGUAUCUUUGGAUGCCAAGACUUGUGGAACGGAUUCAGGCAGCUGCCACCACAACCGCCACCACCGGUGGCUCCUCCUCCUCCACCACCACUACCACCACUACCUCCACCGCCACCACCACAAACUCUUACCCGCUCAACCAAAGCAACAAUAUGGAUAAUAUCGUUACUAGCCAACUGGUAGUUCCUCAGGGCAACAACAACAAUUGUGGCAACAUUUGUUCGAAUUAUGGAAAUGCCCAAAUCACCCCUAGCUACACCCCGGAAAAUUCAAGCACCACCGCGGUGUCACCUGUCUCCGACUUGACCGAUUGUUAUUAUCCGGCCAACCAAAGCCAAAAUCAAGAUUUCUUUCAACACAAUAACCCGAUCGGUGGCGGGUUUGCGGACACCAUAAUUAGCCCGUCGGGUUACUUCAAUCCAGGGAUGGAUUUUCAGGCGAUGGUGGAGCAAAACAACCAAUGGUCAGACGGCGGCAACGAUGAUUUCUCUGACAAUUUGUGGAACGUUGAGGACAUUUGGUUUCUAAAACAGCAAUUCAACAUGUGAAAAAUAACCAGAAGAUGAUAAAUUAAAUUUAUGUAUACAUUAUUGGCUUAGAAAGUUUACUAAAAACUUGUGAGAUACACGUUUCUAAUUUGUGAUGAAAACAAGUUGCAUGUGUUUUCUUUUUGUUUCUUGGAUUUUUGGGUGGGGGCUAAAACUGUAAUUUCAUCAUCAUUUCUUACCAAAG